GGUGACACCCGGACACCACACGUGCAUCUCCUGUGACAGCGCCCCGGGUCCGUCGAGGGCAGCGGGGGGAGGAGGGGAGGAGGAGGAGGAGGAGGAGGCGGGAGCAGCAUCCGGAGCCGAGCUGCAGCAGCGCCGCCUUUUGUGCUGCGGCCGCGGAGCCCCUGAGGGCCCCCUGCUCACCAUCACACCUGGGCACAGAGACCAUGGCCUGCCUCCAUGAGACCCGCACACCCUCCCCUUCCUUUGGGGGUUUCGUGUCCACUCUGAGUGAAGCAUCCAUGCGCAAGCUGGACCCAGACACUUCGGACUGCACCCCAGAGAAGGACCUGACGCCUACCCAGUGUGUACUUCGAGAUGUUGUGCCGCUCAGUGGGCAUGGCAGGGGCGGGCCCAGCCCCUCCCCUGGUGGAGAGCCGCCCCCUGAGCCUUUUGCCAACAGUGUUCUGCAGCUACAUGAGCAGGAUGCAGGGGGCCCAGGGGGAGCCGCUGGGUCCCCUGAGAGCCGGGCGUCCAGAGUUCGAGCAGAUGAGGUGCGGUUGCAGUGCCAAAGUGGCAGUGGCUUCCUGGAGGGCCUCUUCGGCUGCCUGCGCCCUGUCUGGACCAUGAUUGGCAAAGCCUACUCCACAGAACACAAGCAGCAGCAGGAAGACCUUUGGGAGGUCCCCUUUGAGGAAAUUCUGGACCUGCAGUGGGUGGGCUCAGGGGCCCAGGGCGCUGUCUUCCUGGGGCGCUUCCAUGGGGAGGAGGUGGCUGUGAAGAAGGUGCGGGACCUGAAGGAGACUGACAUCAAGCACCUGCGAAAGCUGAAGCAUCCAAACAUCAUCACCUUCAAGGGCGUGUGCACCCAGGCUCCCUGCUACUGCAUCCUCAUGGAGUUCUGCGCUCAGGGCCAGCUGUAUGAGGUGCUGCGGGCAGGCCGCCCUGUCACCCCCUCCUUGUUGGUUGACUGGUCCAUGGGCAUCGCUGGUGGCAUGAACUACUUGCACCUGCACAAGAUCAUCCAUAGAGACCUCAAGUCCCCCAACAUGCUAAUCACAUACGACGAUGUGGUGAAGAUCUCCGAUUUUGGCACUUCAAAAGAGCUGAGUGACAAGAGCACCAAGAUGUCCUUUGCAGGGACAGUAGCCUGGAUGGCCCCGGAAGUGAUCCGCAAUGAGCCUGUGUCUGAGAAGGUCGACAUCUGGUCCUUUGGUGUGGUGCUGUGGGAACUGCUGACUGGUGAGAUCCCCUACAAAGAUGUAGAUUCCUCAGCCAUCAUCUGGGGUGUGGGAAGCAACAGUCUCCAUCUGCCUGUGCCCUCCAGUUGCCCAGAUGGCUUCAAAAUCCUGCUUCGCCAGUGCUGGAACAGCAAACCACGAAAUCGUCCAUCAUUCCGGCAGAUCCUGCUGCAUCUGGACAUUGCCUCAGCAGACGUACUCUCCACCCCCCAGGAGACUUACUUCAAGUCUCAGGCAGAGUGGCGUGAAGAAGUAAAACUGCACUUUGAAAAAAUUAAGUCAGAAGGGACCUGUCUGCACCGCCUGGAAGAGGAGCUAGUGAUGCGGAGGAGGGAGGAGCUCAGGCACGCCUUGGAUAUCAGGGAGCACUAUGAACGGAAGCUGGAGAGAGCCAACAACCUGUACAUGGAACUCAAUGCCCUAAUGUUACAGCUGGAGCUCAAGGAGCGGGAGCUGCUCAGGAGGGAGCAAGCUUUGGAGCGGAGGUGUCCAGGUUUGCUGAAGUCACACCCUUCCCGAAGCCUCCUGCAUGGGAACACAAUGGAGAAGCUCAUCAAGAAGAGGAAUGUUCCACAGAAGCUGUCACCCCACAGUAAAAGGCCAGACAUUCUCAAGACUGAGUCUUUACUACCUAAACUAGAUGCAGCUCUGAGUGGGGUGGGGCUUCCUGGGUGUCCUAAGGGACCCCCCUCACCAGGACGGAGUCGUCGUGGCAAGACCCGUCAUCGCAAGGCCAGCGCCAAGGGCAGCUGCGGGGACCUGCCUGGACUUCGAGCAGCUGUACCACCCCAUGAACCCGGGGGACCAGGAAGCCCAGGGGGACUAGGAAUAGGACCCUCAGUCUGGGAAGCUUGCCCUCCAGCCCUCCGUGGGCUCCACCAUGACCUCCUACUUCGAAAGAUGUCAUCAUCGUCCCCAGAUCUGCUGUCAGCAGCACUGGGAGCCCGGGGCCGGGGGGCUACAGGGGGUGCUGGGGAUCCUGGCUCACCACCUCCAGCCCGAGGUGACACCCCCCCAAGUGAGGGCUCAGCACCUGGCUCCACCAGCCCAGAUUCACCUGGGGGAGCCAAAGGGGAACCACCUCCACCAGUAGGGCCUGGUGACAGUGUGGGGCUGCUGGGAACUGGAAGGGAAGGGACGGCGGGACGGGGAGGAAGCCGGGCUGGGUCCCAGCACCUGACCCCAGCGGCGCUGCUGUACAGGGCUGCUGUCACCCGGAGCCAGAAACGGGGCGUCUCAUCAGAGGAAGAGGAAGGAGAGGUAGACAGUGAAGUAGAGCUGACAUCAAACCAGAGGUGGCCUAAGAGCCUGAACAUGCGUCAGUCACUAUCAACCUUCAGCUCAGAAAACCCGUCAGAUGGGGAGGAAGGCACAGCUAGUGAGCCUUCCCCCAGCGGCACACCUGAGGUGGGCAGUACCAACACUGAUGAGCGGCCAGAUGAGCGGUCUGACGACAUGUGCUCCCAGGGCUCAGAAAUCCCCCUAGACCCACCGGCUUCUGAGCUGGUGGUUCCUGGCCCAGAACCCUUGCCCGUCACACACCAGGACCUACUCAGAGGGGAUCAGGGCCCUCCCAAUUCUGAGGAUUCAGACUGUGAUAGCACUGAGCUGGACAACUCCAACAGUGGUGAAGCCUUGCAGCCCCCAGCCUCCCUCCCUCCAUGAAAGCCACUCUUACUCCUGUACAUAGAGAAAUAUUUAUAUAAAUAAUAUAUAUAUAAAUAUAUAAAUAUAAAUAUAUAUAUAUAUAUAUAUAUGCGCGCCACAUAAUCAAGAGAAAGAUAGGGCUAUCCCAGCCUUAAGUCAGGCUCAAGGGAGACUGACCCCCGCCAAUUCACCUGAUAAACUAGGGACACUGGCAGCUGUGGAAAUGACAGACUAGCGCUGUCCUGGAGCUGUGGGUAAGGGCAAACUGGCCUCUUCCUGCUUUGCCCCAUUACAUUCUAUCAGGCAAAAGAAAAGCCAGACCUGCCUCCUCUGUACUCAACUCUCUCACCCCAACCCUGGGGAACAGGAAAGGGAGCCACUUAGAUGGCACUUUUUUGUUGUCCCUUUACUGUUUACACAUUUUGCACUUGGGAGGAGAGGAGGCUAGGGCUGAGUCCACCCCUCUGAGGUUUCUCAGGUGGCAAUAUCACUAUUUUCUUUGUCCCCCAUUUCU